CGUGUAUUGAUAUUAUUCUGUUUGAUGUGCAUUCGAUUACAUUGUGUCGAACCUCUUAGCGUCUACUAGUAGUGGAUGUAGCGAAAGCUUCGCUCUUCUUUUAAUCAGUUUGUGUUAUAUUCAAUGGAGUUUAGCAGAAAAUUCCUAUUUGAUUGUUUUACCAAAAUUAUUAAAAGUUGAUUGGAGCAAUGAAAUAUCGAUUUCAGUUGCUAACGUAGCCCAACCAGUUGAAUUCAGUUUUGAAUUGAUCUCAAGAGAUGCUCAUCUCCGAACUCAAAUAACAGUUAGACCAAGUGAAACCAAAAAUGUCACAUUGGCAUUAAACAGACAAUUCCCCAUUGGUGUUGGUGAAUUAAUUAUUCAAGCAACGGGUGGUCUCAAAUUUACCGAGCGACGUGAAGUUUUGAUUUAUGAUGAUCGAUAUGUUUUAUUAGUGCAAACAUCAUCCACAACAUACCGUCCAAAUGACACUGUUGAAAUUCGUGUUGUUGCCACAAAUGAAAAUAUGAUUCCAAUUGAAAAUGGUGAAAUGACCAUCGAAAUCUACGACAGUCGAAUGAAAUUAGUCACUGAUUACAAACGUGUUCAGAUUCGAAAUGGUUUGAGUGAUGUUGUUCAAUAUUGUAUACCUCAAGAAUCUCAACAACUUGCACUCGGCAACUGGCUUAUAGCAGCAACAAUUGAAACUGUCACAUCAUCUGUGGAAAUAUUAGUCAGUCGCCCAACACAAUCGGGUUUUGACAUGAAAGUUCUCUUACCAAACUUUCUAUUACGUACCGAAAAAUUGUUUCGUGGCUUCGUUGAAAUUGCUGAUGAUUUCGAUAGACCAAUAUUUGGACGUGCAACAGUCUCAAUUGGACAAAUAACCGAACAAGAUUUAGUUAGUGGUGAUCGUGCGGAUAAAGUCAUGAGUGAUGAAAAACAAUCAGAUGAUUCAACAUUACCAGCUGGACAAAAGACCACAGUCAUCGAAGUUGAUGGUCGUUCACCGAUGAAUUUUGAUUUGGUAGAAAUGUUCGGUAUUGAUUUAAGCAAAGCCUUGGCUCUCACCGUCUACGUUUCUGUCAAAGCAGAACGAUUCAGUAAAGAACGUGUUGUUAAAUAUAUUGUACCAAUCUUCAGACGUGAUGUCAUUUACGAUAUUCGUCCAUUAGACUUUUAUGCUGGUGAAAAGAACGAAUACGAAAUAUUAGCAAAACGUCCAGAUGGAAAACCAGCUAAAAUGGAAGAGAUGUUGGUCAAUGUCACAAUGCUCUUUGAAACCGAUGCACCAAAAACAAUUGAAAUCCGUGAUUUAUACACACGUGGUCGUACCGAUAUUGGAUUCUUCAAUUUUGACAUACCAGCCAACUGUAUCGGACUUACACCAAUGGGAGAAGAUGGAAAACAACGUGAAUAUCGAACAAGAACUGUACCAUUAAUACCACUUCCAAAACGUCGUGAAAAUAGUGCAAAAUUAUCAGUUGAAAUGGUUGCUGAUAAAACCGGUUUACAUCGUCGUUCAUCGUCAUCAUCAGAACAACCCAUAUCUACAAUGCUAGCAACAGUUGGAAGACCAGCCUAUUUCUACGUUCAGUUAUUACCAAUGAAAUCCUUUGAACGUUAUGAACCCUUUCCAAUGACCUAUAUCGUCAUGACCAAUGGAAAAAUUACAUCAUCUGGAACAUUUACUGUUGAACCAACAAGAGUUUGUACCACUAUGGCACCACGUUCAAUUCAACCUGAGCAAGAAGAUCCAUCAAAACCACCACAAUGUGUUUUCAAUUCAACAUUAGAAAUCCUCAUGACACGUGAAAUGCUACCAUAUUCAACAUUGUUAGUGUAUGGUUUCAAUCCAAGUAUAGGAAUUAGUGUUGCAGAAACUUAUCGUUUCUCCGUUGAUGGCUUAUUUAAGAACAAUUUGACAAUGAACAUGUCAAGAGAAAGUGGUACAGAACAGCAAACACCAUCAAGAGACGAAAGUGGUCGUAUGGUAUCAAAAUGGGACUUAUUACUAACUGGCUUACCAGAAUCAACAGUUGGUGUUAACGUCAUCUCAUACGAUGCCAUUACUCAAGCUUUACCUAAUGAUAUCACAAAGGAACGUUUAUUACGUUAUUUGAUCAGUUAUGAACGAUUACCACUUAUUCAAGGUUUACCGAUUAGUGGUGGUGAAUUAUCAUCAGACAAGAAAGGAAGUGAAUCAGUAAAUCCGCGUGGAGUCGAAGAAGGUGAAUCACUACGUCAAGUCGAAGAAGGUGAAUUCGUAUCUCUACGUGAAGUCUCAGAAGGUAAAGAACCCUCAUCAUCCGAUGACAACAAAAAACAAUCGUUUGGUGAAGAAGAAGAACUAAUGAGAAAAAGACAUCACGAACACUUUUUACGUGCAUUACUAAAAAAAAUAUCAUUUGGUUUACGUCAAUUUCAUACAUUAGAAACUGUUGAGGGUGAUGAUGCAUAUAUAACAACAAAUAUGGAACGUUUAUAUGGUGACAAGAGAAGAGGAUCAGACUUUGGCAGAAGACAACAAUUCAGAAACAAACAAUACAGAGUUGAUGUUGGUGAGGACUGGAAUGUUCAAGUUGGUAUGCCACAAAUAUCUGACAAAACACAAGCAUCACGAUCAGGACAAAAUGACGACCAGGAUGAUGAAGCAUCUCAACAACGACAAGAAGGUGGUGACCAGAUGUGGACUGGUUAUGGUACAAGAGAAUGGUAUGAAAGAAUGAAUAAACGUGUAAAUUUAUUGUCAAGAGAAGCAUUCAUACUCAUGCAUUCUGGUAUGGCAUUUGUUACUGAUUAUUCAACAUUGAUGGUUCCAAAAGAAAUGCAUCAUAUGAAUUAUACCAUUAUCAACAAUUAUCGUGAACGAUAUUUAAUGACUGAAAAAAGUCCACGUGAAGCAGCCAGAAAAAUGUUGGAAGAAUACAUUAGCAAAGUUGAUUCAUCAUUAAUACCUCCACCAAUGAUGUUAGAAGAACAUACCCGCGCAACAUAUUAUCAUUCAAUUUUAUUCAAUCGUACACAAUUAGAUCGUAGUGGACAAGGACGAUUGCGUUUACCAUCAUUGAAACCUUAUACAACAUGGUUGGCAACUGGUUUUUCAUUAAACGCCCAAUCUGGUCUCGGUGUUGCUCAACCAACACUAUUGAGAACACCUGAAGGUUUAUAUAUCAUGGCUGAAACACCAAAAGAAUUUCAAAUGGGUGAACAUUGUACAUUCUCGUAUGCUAUUGCUAAUCUUUGGAAAAAAAGUUUGAGCAAUGUCGUUGUUCGUGUAAAAGCCUCACCCGAUUAUGAUAUAAUGGAACAACAAGGUGGUAAAAUCGUUCCAAUGAGCAAUGAUUACAUAAUCAAAGUUCCAGCAAUAAAACCAGAAACCACAAUUACACAAUCAAUAGUCAUCGUACCAAAGAGAGCCGGUGUAUUCAAUGUCAUCUUUGAAGUUGAAAGUGAAUUUGGUGGCGACUGUGAAUUAGUCCCAUUUCGUGUCUGGGCUGCCGGUAUGAAACCAACAAGCGGUGAAUUUUCAGAAGGAAAUCGUCAAGCAUAUUAA